UGUUGACGUAAAGUGCUUUGCUCAGCGUGGAAUUGUUUGUAAUUUGAAGGAGUUUUGUGUAAUUUUAGCCCCGAAAAGAGUGUCGCCAGCGGUCGCAGGAUAUGCAACAGGUUUAGCAGCUAUCGCUUUCAUCCUACCCAGCACCCCCUCCACCAUACGAUACAAGCCAAGAGUCGUUUUAGGCGAGAUCUUUACGGAAGAAAUUGAGAAAUUGACCCACUUCCGAGCGGCGGAGCGAUCGCGCGGGCUAUUUUACGGGGUUUUUCUGAAUUGGUCCGUCUCGGUCGAUCACGUUGUUAAGGAUGGCCACCCGUGCUUCUCUACGUGCGGCUCCUAAGAAAAAGGAGGAAAUCCUGGUGAAGAUGCGCAUUAAUGAGGAAAAUGAUAUCGACGUGGUGCCCGUGGUGAAAGAUAUGUACGACUCCGACUCCGACUCGGAAGAGGGUAACCCCUCGGAUCAACUCGAUUUCGAACCUGAGCUGGUGGAAACGUCCGAUGGUCGGAUGAUGCUGGAAUUAAAGCGCAACAAGUGCUGUGUUCGAUGCAAGAAGCCCUUCACAACGUUAGAGGCGCAGAAGGCACACAGAUCGGAGUGCACGGGUGUGGUGGAUGAAAUGCACGACGUGAUCCAAAAGGAGCGUAAAGCCGCCAAAUACGCUAACCCGGGCGAGGAGUUCCACAAGUACUGCAAUCCGAACCCGGAAAAUCCGUGCUACUGCUGUGGUGAGGAUGUAAGCACGGCUCACGUCGGCCACAUCCGGUGUCGGCUCUGUCCCAAAUCCUUCAAGGCGUACGAGUAUCUGGAUCGUCACAUCAAGUCGAUCCACGCCGAAUCGGAGGCGUAUGCGUGCGCCAACUGUAAUGCCAAGUGCUGCUCCCAGAGUGUCCUGGAUGAGCACGUAAAGACGCACAGCGAGGGUAAACCGUUCUCCUGCAUCGCCUGCGGUAAGGACUUUACGCGUCGCUAUCAUCUCGAACGGCACAUCAAGUUCUCGAACUGUGGCACCGAGCGGAAGGAAACGUUGCCGUGUGACGUGUGCGGUAAGGUGUUCACACGUGUCGACAAUUUGCGCGAACAUUUGCGCACUCACAUGGGCCAGAGUGUGCGCAAGCGUGACUACCAGUGCCCGCACUGCCCAAAAUCGUUCUACGGAUCGUCGCUGCUCAACAUACACAUCCGGACGCACACGGGCGAAAAACCGUUCCCGUGCGAUCUCUGUCCGAGCUCGUUUCCCUCGACCGGAGCACUGCGGAAGCAUCGGCGCAAGCACACCGGGGAAAGGCCGUACCGCUGUGAUGAGUGUUCCGCGACCUUUGCGGCCAGGGAAACGCUCAAUCGUCAUCGCAAGACGCAUACGGGCGAUAAGCGUCAUGUCUGCCCGGAGUGUGGCAAGCGAUUCAUCCAAGCAACCCAGCUCCGAACGCACAUCUACAAGCACACCGGGAAGAGUGACUUCAAAUGCGGCCAGUGUGAUAUGAUGUUCUUGCGUAGAAACCAGCUCACCGAACACAUCCAGCUCGUGCAUCAGGGCAAGGAACCCCUUAAAUGCGACUACUGUGACAAAGAGUAUUUGCGCAAGGAGGACUUGCAGCGCCACAGGGCUCAGCACACUGGAGAGAAGAAUUAUCAGUGCCCAACUUGCUUGAAAACAUUUGCGCUGAAAACGGCCCUAUCGAUACAUAUGAAAACGCACCUCCAGCCGGAACCGGUCACAUGCACAAUCUGUAACGGAUCCUUCAUUCGACCCGAUUGCCUCGUGCGCCACAUGAAAGCGAAGCACCGUGUGGAUUGCAAAGAGCUCCUUGAGCAACAAGAUGAGUCUCCGGUCGCUAGUCCGGAAGUAGCCAAUGGAGCAAUGGUUGAGAUCAACGGUGAGGUCUAUCAAAUCACGUCGAUGGAUGAGCAGGUGGCCGAACCGAUGCUUCCUGAAGGUGUAGAGUUCAUGGAGUUGGACGUUGUUGCAGAGGAAUCGGUCGAAACAACAGGAGCAGCUACGAUUAUAACAGGCGAUGACGUUGAUAGUGACCAAGAGUACGCCGAUGAGAUUCUCGAAACUGUUCCCGAGUUGGUUAAUGUUAAGCAGGAGCCUGUCGUAGUUGAGGUGAAAAAGAAUCGAACGGAAUUGCUAACAAAAUCAAUUCUGAAAAUGAAAGCAGAGAACACAUCAACUACUUCCCCGACCGUUGCAAAUGAGAUUCGCAGUACCCGUUCAACUACAGUAAAAGUUGUUCAGACUACGGCAGCAUCUUCAUCUUCAUCUUCGAUUAUCAAGCCAGAGAAGGUCGAGCCAGUUCGCGAACCGAAUUCGACAAAAGCGCGUGCUGUGAAAUCUCGUGCAGUACCAGCAAAACAAACAAAACCGGACGAUGAUAGCAUACCGAUCUUCCUUAGCGAUGCCAUGCUCAUGGAGAAGAUUUCGGAACUGCUGCAAAUGCUGAUCGGCGAAGAAAUGUUGAAGGAGUUCGGUUGGCCUAAAGCACCGGUCGAUGAGGUGCUGGUUCGGGUCAUUAGUCGUUGUGGUCAUCAACCGGCUAAAGGCGAGGAGGUGGGUGAUCAUACCACGCGUAUGCGUGAAAACACUAAAAUCCUGUUCUCCGUGACGAUGGAUGAUGGUGACGUGAAGGCGCUGCUUAAUAAUCAUACCUUGGACGAGGUCAUCAUGCAUGUUCUGAAAAGCAAAUAGACGCGAUGGACGGAUGCUGCAAAUUUGUAAAGAUGGAAACAGUGGCCUUCGAACACAGGAGUGAGAUGUGUUAAAACAUUUUUUUUUAUUAAAUGAAUAUUUACGUUAAUGUUAUGUAAUAUGGAGGUUCUAAUUAUGUAAGUAUAUCAUAAUAAAAGCAAUAGUUUGCAUAUAACAAUUGUUAA